GGCAGUGUACAAACCUGGUGAACAGCUCCCAGUGCUGAAUCCGUCAAAAAKGAGAUUUUUCUGCCCUGGUCGCCCUUAAACACCAAAGGAAUUGUGCUAUGCUGUUUUAAAGAUCUUAUUCCGUUGUAUCACAUUUUGUUUGACCUGACUGCUUUGUCAACAAACCUCACAAAGACAACAAUGGAGGCACGUAUCAGCGCACAGCACUGGAGAAGGUACGUCUCGGUCGUUCUUAUUUUCUCUGCCGCCCUGAACACGGCGUAUGCGGUUACUCACUAUUCUAUUCCUGAAGAAAUGGAGGAGAGCUCCGUUGUGGCUAAUCUUGCAGCUGAUUUAGGUUUGGAUGUGAAAACACUGAGUAGACGUAAGAUGAGGUUAGACAUUAUCUCGAGUAAAAAAUAUCUUGAUGUGAACAAAGAAACGGGGGAGCUGUACAUUGUAGAGAAGAUGGACAGGGAAUACCUUUGCCCUGCUAAGACAUCCUGUUUUCUUAAAAUGGAAGCUAUUAUUGAAAAUCCACAACGGAUCUUUUACAUCGAAAUAGAGAUAACGGACAUCAAUGACAACGCCCCCCAUUUCCGAAGGGACACCAUUAACUUGGAUAUUUCAGAAGCAACACAGGGUGGUGAACGGUUUUCUGUUAACAAUGCAGUGGAUCCUGACGUUGGUUCGAACUCAGUGAAAACAUACCUAUUGAGCGAAAAUGAGCACUUUACCAUCGAAAUUCAGACAGGAAGAGACGGGUCAAAAUUUGCUGAUUUGAUAUUGAAAAGGGUGUUAGACCGAGAGCAGCAGGCGGUUCAUAAUCUAAUACUCACCGCUGUAGAUGGCGGAGUCCCUGCGCGCUCCGGGACAGCCAGCAUAGUUGUUCGCGUUUUAGAUACGAAUGACAACGCCCCUAAAUUUGACAAAGAAAACUACAAAAUCGAUAUAAUGGAAAACUCUCCAAUUGGAAGCCUUGUUGUUAAAUUGAAUGCAACAGACUUAGAUGAGGGUACCAAUUCGGAAAUAGUAUAUUCUUAUAGCCUGUAUACAUCAGAGAAAACACAACAAACGUUCCAUUUAAACCCUAAUAACGGUGAGAUCACGGUAAAGGAAAUGAUCAAUUACGAGGAUUUCAGGAUCUAUGAUAUGGAAGUAAUUGCAACGGAUAAGGGGUCCAAUUCAUUGACAGGUCAGUGUAAAUUAACCAUUUUAGUUACGGAUAUGAAUGAUAAUCAUCCCGAAAUAUCAAUCAAAUCAUUUCAAAGUCCAGUCAAGGAGGUUAUAGCAGUAGACACGGUGAUAGCAGUGGUCAGUGUCAGCGAUAAAGAUUCAGGUGACAAUGGGAUAGUUGAUAUUCGUAUUGCCGAUACAUUACCUUUGCACUAAAGAGAGUCUUCUGAUAACUAUUAUGAGUUGGUUAGUGUCACAACCUCUGGGAUCGUGAGAAGGUCCCA